AAGAAAAUAAAAAUCACGCGCUGCAGUUGCGUUGGUAAGAAGAAGGGGAAACCCUAAAUCAGGAGAAACAAAUAGACUCCACUCGCCAUUAGGCAUCGCGUGAAUUCUCAGUUGCAGAAUCGCAGAUCGAGUGUGUGUGUGUAUGUGCGUGCGUGAAACAAAGAUACACAUACAGGAGGUAUAACCUCUAUCCUCCACUCUCCCUUCUUCCAAACUCUUUUCUUCAUCCCUCUCCCCCUCAUCCUUCAUAUAAUCAUGAACAUUUUUGUAUAUCAACUGUUACUAAUGGAAUGAUCAUGGAUUUUUCUGUUUGAUUCAAUUAUGAUAAUGUAACGAUUUCAAAUGGAGCUACCAUUUAUGUUGUAAAGCUGUGACAGAUGUAAUUUAUUGUUUAUUGUAUACAAGAGUUUUAUCUGGAGUUUUGAGUUUUCCGAGGAGGUGCACAGAGGCCCUAGUGAGGAGGUUUGAAAUGUUGUGGGUUUUAGGAGAGGUAGAGGCAGAGGCAGAGGUAGGCCGAAAAAGUAUUGGUAUUGGUGAGAGCUGAGUAGAAAAGACAUGAUAUAGCUCCAACUCUCCGAGGACCUGACCAUAGAUGUAGGAAGUUAUGGUAGAAGGUUAGAAGUUAGUUGAGUGUUGUCUCAUUUCCUAGCAGGAUAGAUUGAUGCAUUGUAUAUGUUUUCCGAUAUUUAGUUUUCUACCAGUAGUAGUAGCAUUUGUCUCAUAGUUGGCCUAUCUUACAACUUUUGUUAUUCCUCGAUAUUUACUGUGCUUCAUUUAUCACAUUAGUUGUUUAUGGUUGUUGCCCCUCUUUGGUAUGUUAUGUUAUGUUUUCCUUAUUGCUUCUAUAUCUUCUUUACUUCUGUCCUGUUCUAUUAGCUGCUCUGAUGUUCUCUACUCGAGCAGAGGGUCUUUCGGAAACAACCUCACUUGGUACUCGGUGGAACUUGAUGAAGUAGUUGACAAAUUAAAACAGUUCCUUGGUAGAACACCGAUUGAUGCUUCAGAUUCUGCUCACAUAUAAGUACUCAGAUGAGAAUUACCAUAAUAGGAUAAAUGCGUGAACAUUGGGUUAUAUUCAUUUGGGAGACCUUCUCUUCCUCUGUUGCAUAAAAGUUCCCUUAUUAGCUUUAGCACCAUAUCACUUUGGUGGAUAUAUGUGUGAAUUCGGCCUUCCAAUGCCCAAAGACUUAUUGGAACAAAAAAGUCUGGAAUUUUAAUUGAGCUAUGGUAUUAUACUUUGAUCUUUUUGUUUAUUUGGUUAAGAAAAUUUCUGCACGGGGCGAAGUGACAAGAAGUUUGUUCAAUAUGUACCAUGGUAUUAAUGAUCACAUUACUGCUAUACUGACUUGUUUAUAGAUCUAUUUAUCUAUUUUCUUUUGUUUUUGGUGGCAAAUAGUUGUGAAUUUUGGAUUGAGAUCAAUUCAAGGUUGUGCUUUGCCUUUGUUCAUUCAAAAUAAUGGUCAUAAGACAAGCUACAAGUAUAUGGUCAAGCGGUUAAUGAAGCUGGAAUGGACCACGGGAGACUGGUGCUCAAGCGCUUUGUUACUUUGGACUCACCUUUGAACGACCUCUCUAUUUCAGUUUACGUGACACGCUUUCCUUAUUAAUCUAUUUUAAAAAGAAUGUUUGGAGAUAAUUAAACUUUGAACCUUCCAUUUAUUGUUAAUGACAUGUUUUUAUAAUUUCACGACAUUUUUAAAACCACAAAUUUCAAAAGUUUUCCUUUCUUUCUUAAACUCUGUAUUGAGCCAAACACCGCCACAUAAAAUGAAACGGUGGGAGGGGGAAUAUGUAUCGUCAAUCAAGUGCCGUAUAGAGGUCUGCAUGAGAGGGGAGGGGGGACGGCUAAUUCCCCCAUCAUAGAAAUGGGGAAGAACUUAUUUUAUACUAAGUUGCACGGGCUCUUCACUUCGAUGCCGCACCCGUGUCGGAUUCUCCAAAAAUACGGUUCUUUUGGAGAAUCUGACACACCCUUUGACAUUUUUGAAGAGUCCGAGCAACAUAGAUUUUAUAAAAUCUGCAGGUUGAAUGUGGUUAGAUUUCUAGCAAGCACUUCUGAUAUAUAGAUUGGAAGCUGCAAUUUCAGUCGCUAUCACCUGCAGCUGGAGUAUAUCAUUAUAUACCCUUGUAUUUCUGUCUAAAUUUGGAGGAGGCCUUUUAUAUUCAACUGAUUCAAAUCCCUGAUGGAUUGGAGGUGGUCAGGGUUCUUCAUCUUCAGGUAUCAGUGAAAGAGAAAUCAAUAGGCUUUCAAUUGUUUAGCAGCAUGGAUAUUGAUCUUCGUCUGCCUUCUCAAGACCAUGAUAAGGAAGAAGAAGAAGAAGAACAAAAUGGAAUUAUAAAUAUGCUUGACAAUGAAGAAAAAAUACACAGUGAUGACGGAAUGCAUGGGAUGUUGGUUAUUGAAGAGAAGAUGCAUGCAGAAGAUGGAGGGGAUUUGAACACUCCCAUAGGAACUAUGAUAGAGUUUAAGGAGGAUGUGAACCUUGAACCGCUGGCUGGCAUGGAAUUUGAGUCACAUGGUGAGGCUUAUGCCUUUUAUCAAGAGUAUGCUCGGUCGAUGGGAUUCAAUACAGCCAUACAAAACAGCCGUCGCUCAAAGACAUCAAGGGAAUUCAUUGAUGCAAAAUUUGCAUGUUCUAGAUAUGGAACUAAACGGGAAUAUGAGAAGUCUGCAAAUCGACCACGUAGCAGGCAAGGAAACAAGCAGGAUCCAGAAAAUGCUACUGGUCGGCGAGCAUGUGCAAAGACAGAUUGCAAAGCAAGUAUGCAUGUGAAAAGAAGGCCCGAUGGGAAAUGGAUAAUUCAUAGAUUCGAGAAAGAACAUAAUCAUGAACUUCUACCUGCCCAAGCUGUCAGUGAACAAACAAGAAGGAUGUAUGCCGCUAUGGCAAGACAAUUUGCUGAAUACAAAAAUGUUGUUGGUCUGAAAAGUGACUCAAAAGGUCCAUUUGACAAAGGUCGAAAUUCAGCAAUGGAAGGGGGAGACAUAAAUGUUCUGUUAGAGUUCUUCAUUCAGAUGCAAAAUCUUAAUUCCAACUUCUUUUAUGCUGUUGAUGUGGGUGAAGAUCAACGUGUAAAGAACUUGUUUUGGGUUGAUGCCAAAGCCAGGCAUGACUAUGCAAAUUUCUGCGAUGUUGUCUCUUUUGAUACUACCUAUGUCAGAAACAAAUAUAAAAUGCCCCUGGCUCUUUUAAUUGGGGUCAAUCAGCAUUUUCAGUUCAUGCUACUUGGAUGUGCUUUGGUCUCUGAUGAGAGUGCAUCAACAUUUUCUUGGGUAAUGCGGACAUGGUUGAAGGCAAUGGGCGGUCAAGCUCCCAAGACAGUGAUCACCGAUCAUGACCUGGUAUUGAAGUCAGUCAUUUCAGAGGCUUUGCCAUUAGCCCUCCAUUAUUUCUGUUUGUGGCAUAUCCUGGGAAAGGUGUCUGAAACACUGAAUCAUGUCAUUAAACAGAAUGAAAAGUUUAUGCCAAAGUUCGAGAAAUGUAUUAACAGGUCAUGGACAGAUGAGGAGUUUGAAAAGAGGUGGAGAAAACUAGUUGAUAAAUUUGAUCUCAGAGAAGUUGAAUUGAUUCAUUCACUGUAUGAAGAUAGGAUGAAAUGGACCCCUACAUUUAUAAGGGAUGUAUUUUUAGCGGGAAUGUCAACUGUUCAACGAUCAGAGAGUGUCAACUCUUUCUUUGACAAAUAUGUACAUAAGAAAACCACCGUCCAGGAGUUUGUAAAGCAAUAUGAAUCAAUAUUACAAGAUAGGUACGAGGAGGAGGCAAAGGCAGAUUCUGAUACAUGGAACAAACAACCUGCUUUGAGAUCCCCAUCACCAUUUGAGAAGCACUUGGCAGGGCUUUAUACACAUGCUGUAUUUAAGAAAUUCCAGGCUGAGGUUUUGGGUGCAGUUGCUUGUAUUCCUAAAAGAGAGAAGCAAGAUGAGACAUCCUUAACAUAUAGAGUUCAAGAUUUUGAGAAGACUCAAGAGUUCAUUGUUACAUUGGAUGAAAUGAAGUCAGAAAUAUCUUGUAUAUGUCAUUUGUUUGAAUUUAAAGGCUACCUUUGUAGACAUGCAUUGAUAGUUCUCCAAAUAUGUGCUGUCUCCUCUAUCCCACCACAAUAUAUUUUGAAGCGAUGGACAAAAGAUGCGAAGAGCAAGUACUCUUUGACAGAUGGAUCUGAAGAUGUGCAGUCAAGGUUCCAGAGAUAUAAUGAUCUAUGUCAUCGGGCUAUGAAAUUGAGUGAAGAAGGGUCAUUAUCUCAAGAGAGCUAUAGUUUUGUUCUUCGUGCACUUGAUGACGCAUUUGGGAGUUGUGUAACUUUUAAUAACUCAAAUAAGAACAUGUUAGAAGCUGGCACAUCAUCAGCCUCUGGUCUUCUCUGUAUUGAAGAUGAUAACCAAAGUAGGAGUAUGAGCAAGACAAACAAGAAGAAAAAUAGCUUUACUAAGAAACGGAAGGUGAACUCGGAGCCAGAUGUUAUGGCUGUUGGGUCAGCAGACAGCUUGCAACAAAUGGAAAAAUUGAAUUCCAGGCCUGUGACUCUUGAUGGUUAUUUUGGCCCGCAACAAAGUGUUCAAGGAAUGGUACAGUUAAACUUGAUGGCACCAACUCGUGAUAACUACUAUGGAAACCAACAGACUAUUCAGGGCCUUGGACAGUUGAACUCUAUAGCUCCUACACAUGAUGGCUAUUAUGGUGCUCAGCCGACAAUGCACGGGCUGGGGCAAAUGGAUUUUUUCCGCACUCCAAGUUUCUCAUAUGACAUUCGGAUUGCUGAAACAAAAUUGAUGGACAUACAAUGUCAGUGUACUAACAUAAAGAAAGCCAGGGAGCAGAAAGGAAUAAAGACGGUCUAUGACAGUCCAUACUAUAACAAAAUUGAUGGACAAACGAUUCAACAUCAUUGUAUUAACAUCCAGAACAGGGAACAAAAAGGAGACUACAAUCCUUCACUGCAACACAAGUUUAAAGAACUGUGAACAGAAAGGAACCAGGAUCUGUAGGAGACAUGGAUUUUCACAUAUUUAAUAAUAUCAGUUGUUGUCUAUGAUGGAGGGUAGAUAUUGAUAUGGAGAGUUGGAGACCACGACUAAGAUUCCUGAAUAUAUGAUUAAGAGGUCAUACAGAGUGGUUUCUGUUGCAGUUUUUUUGUUAAAUUUGUAUGAGCCAUUUUUGAUAAAUAAGAAGUGUUCCCAAAUCUUUGUUGUUAAUGAUUCCAGUAGUUUUGGCAACAAUUGCUUGAUAUAGGUUAAACCAUGAAGCUUCAUAACCUUUAGGCCCAGAGACAUGAUGCAGAGUUUAUAAAUUGAGGUGGUUUCUUAGUUUGUGUUACGGGAAAACAGCAAAGUUACAUCUAGCCAGCUAAAAAGAUAAGGGAGCUUUUUAUAGUCUGUGGUAAUCUGACUACGAACUUGUAUGUAUGAGUUUUAAGUCAGGUUAUGGAAUUCAGUUCUUUUCCUUGGAACACAUGCAUGUGCCGCUCUUGAAGUAUUUAUGUUAAUCCCGUUUUAUGCAGAAACUGGGAUAUUUGACAAGCCAAAACAUUACUGAAUUUUGCAACUUGCUUUCUUUCCUUGCUCAAUUGGGGGAAGCCUAGGUGAAUGUCAAAGUAAUAAAAAUGGCCAACUGCAGUUGCUGUACAGCACUUGUCUAGCAGCAUAUUAUUUAGUAAACCUGCAAAUAAGCAAUGGUAGUUCAUAUUACUAAAAAAUAGUUUAUCAAUGUUGCAAGCAGGAACUCCAGGUCCACAUGGGAAAAUUAGUCUAGCUAAGUGCAGUACCACUAAAUUCUGCUGGACUCAUGACUUUCUUAAUGUUGACAGGAUGAAACCAAUGUAAGAUCUGCUCAAUUGCACGACGAAGCAUCUAGACACCCCUGAGGAUCACCUGUCAUUAAUUAGAGG